AGUCCGCUCGCCUAGAACAUGGUCACACGUGUUUCAGAUCUACAUGACGCACAUGGGAAAUACAGAGAGAUUUUUACCAUAAUUUAUAGGUUUUUACUUUGAAAAUGCAAUUUUCAAAAGAAACACCAUGGAGGCGAUUAGAGGGCAUGUCAUUUGGCCUGUUCUCCGCUGAGGAAACAAGGAAACUGAGUGUGAAAAAUAUCACAAAUUCUCAGUUGUUGGAUAAUGUGGGCAAUGCUGCUGCAAACGGGCUGUAUGACCUAGCACUCGGUCCGGCUGAUAACAAGGAGAUCUGUUCUACCUGCAUGCAGGAUUUCAGCAGUUGCCCCGGACACUUUGGCCACAUAGAGCUGCCCCUGCCUGUUUACAACCCUCUGUUUUUUGAUAAAUUAUAUUUGCUCAUCCGGGGUUCAUGCCUGUCAUGUCACAUACUAAAGUGUCCAAGAGCAGCUAUUCAUUUACUGCUGGGCCAGCUUAAGCUCCUGGACAUUGGGGUCAUGAAGGAGGUGUUUGAGAUUGAAAACGUUCUCAAUCAGCUUCUGGAAUCCAACCCUAACCCACCUGGAGUAGAAAUCCAAGAAACUCUGAAUAACUUUGUUAAAACCAUCCUCGAAGCCAGAAAAGACAAGCAACACACUGAUCCUGUCAAGCACAUCUGUGAGAAAAAGUCCAGUCUCAUUACCAGUUUCUGGAGAAUACAAAUGGGCCCAAAAAGAUGCCAGAAUUGCAAAGCCAAUAGAAUGACUGUGCGCAAAGAACACAACAGCAAGCUCAUCGUCACUCAAACAAUGCACAAAAAAACUUAUGAACAGGAUGAUGAUUCACAAAUGACCAAACGUAUAUUCCUGACUCCGAGUGUGGCACGAGAGCACAUCAUCAAACUCUGGGAGACAGAAGGUUUUUUCCUGAAGCAUUUGUUCUCAGGGUUUGACAUGGGCCACUCUGAGAAAGGCUUUAAUCCUGAAGCUUUCUUCUUGGAGUUGCUGGUGGUUCCUCCAUGCAGGUACAGACCUAUUAAUCGUUUGGGAGACCAGAUGUUCACCAAUGGACAGACUGUGAACAUGCAGGCUGUGUUAAAGGAUGGAUUCAUCAUUCAGAAAUUACUCACACUAAUAGCUGAUGAGAAAACCAAGGCUAUUGAAGGCACACAGACAGAGCUCGAGCAGUCCAAUGAAGCCCCAGAGGUCACUGAAAUUGAUCAGAGCUUCCUAACUUCCAUCCAAGGAGUGACUCUCACAGACAAGCUCUACAGCACCUGGAUCCACUUGCAGAGUCUUGUCAACAUUGUUUUUGACAGCGACAUGGACAAAUUGAUCACUGAGAAGUUCCCAGGUGUCCGGCAGCUCUUGGAGAAGAAAGAGGGUUUAUUUAGGAAGCACAUGAUGGGGAAGCGUGUGGAUUACGCUGCACGCUCCGUCAUCUGUCCUGAUAUGUACAUCGGAACCAAUGAGAUUGGAAUUCCAAUGGUUUUUGCUACCAAGUUGACAUAUCCUCAACCUGUGACACCCUGGAAUGUGAAGGAAAUGAGGCAGGCAGUGCUGAAUGGACCCAACGUUCACCCUGGAGCCACCAUGGUUGUUAAUGAAGACGGGUCUCGCACUAUUCUCAGCAGUACCAAUCUUACCCAAAGAGAAGCCGUGGCCAAACAGCUCCUGACUCCCAGCACUGGCCAGCACAGGAUACCCAUGAAGAUUGUAAAUCGGCACAUCAAAAAUGGGGAUGUGCUGCUGUUAAACCGUCAGCCUACUCUCCACAGACCAUCAAUUCAGGCCCACUGCGCUCGGAUCCUGCCUGGAGAGAAAGUGCUCAGGUUACAUUAUGCUAACUGUAAGGCCUAUAACGCUGACUUUGAUGGAGAUGAGAUGAAUGCACACUUCCCUCAGAGUGAGCUGAGCAGAGCUGAAGCCUACACACUAGUGAGCACAGACCAGCAGUACUUAGUGCCAAAAGAUGGGAAGCCAUUGGCAGGCUUGAUUCAGGAUCACAUGGUUUCUGGCACCAGCAUGACCAUUCGUGGCUGUUUUUUCACACGGGAUCAGUACACUGCACUAGUCUACAGAGGCUUAACAGAUAAGAUCGGCAGAGUCAGGCUUCUCCCUCCCACACUUAUUAAACCUGUGCUGUUGUGGACAGGAAAGCAGGUGGUCUCGACCCUUUUGCUGAAUGUCAUCCCAGAAAACAGCAUCCCUUUAAACUUGACUGGAAAAGCAAAGAUUCCUGGUAAAGCCUGGGUAAAGGAUUCUCCCAGAUCUGUUCCAGGAUACGUGCCAGAAUCCAUGUGUGAAUCUCAGGUGGUCAUUCGUCAGGGAGAACUCUUGAUGGGGGUUCUGGAUAAAGCUCACUAUGGGAGCUCAGCGUAUGGUUUGGUCCACUGCUGCUAUGAGCUCUAUGGAGGAGAGACCAGUGGGAAACUGCUCAGCUGUCUGGCACGGCUCUUCACUGCCUACCUGCAACUUUACCGCGGUUUCACUUUGGGUGUGGAGGACAUUCUUGUAAAGGACGGAGCCAACAAACAAAGGAAAAAAAUCAUCAAAAAGUCAGUCACGUGUGGCUCCAAGGCUCUUCAGGCUGCUUUUAACCUGCCAGCUGCAGCUGAAGACACUGAAGCCAGAGAACGCUGGCAAGAUGCACAUCUGAACAUAGACCAGAGAGAUUUCAACAUGGUAGACCUGAAGUUCAAAGAAGAGGUCAAUCAAGUGAACAACAACAUCAACAAGGUCUGCAUGCCACUGGGUCUCCACCGCUCGUUCCCUGAAAACAACCUACAAAUGAUGGUGCAGUCAGGAGCCAAGGGGUCUACUGUUAAUACUAUGCAGAUCUCCUGUUUGUUGGGUCAAAUUGAGCUGGAAGGCCGCCGACCUCCACUGAUGCCUUCUGGGAAGUCUCUGCCCUGCUUUCAGCCCUAUGAGCCACAGCCUCGCUCUGGAGGAUUCGUGACCGGCAGAUUCUUGACUGGAAUCAAACCUCCUGAAUUCUUCUUCCAUUGUAUGGCUGGUCGUGAAGGUCUUGUGGACACUGCAGUGAAAACCAGUCGUUCUGGUUACCUGCAAAGAUGUGUGAUUAAGCAUCUUGAAGGUCUGGUGGUCCAGUAUGAUCUGACUGUGCGGGACAGCGAUGGAAGUGUGGUCCAGUUUCUUUAUGGAGAGGACGGGUUAGACAUUCCCAAAACCCAGUUCCUACAGCCACGGCAGUUCCCUUUCAUCAAAGACAACUAUGAGGUUAUCAGGAAGUCCAAGUGCUUGGAUGAAGUUUUGGCUAAAAUGGACCCAGUGGCUGCAUUGAAUCACUUUAAAGCUAUAAAGAAAUGGAAAGCCAAGCAUGAGCAUGCUUCACCCAGAGACGGUGCCUUCUUACUCUUCUCCCAGAAGAAGAUGAGCAAGCUGAAGGCUCAAGUAGAGGGUCAUGAGCUAGUCAAUGGGAGAGAAGAGGCCACUUUACAGCUCAUAGAAAGAUGGAGGGCUCUGGAUGAGUCUGGCCGGAUGAGGUAUUCAAAGAAGACUUCUCAUUGUCCAGAACCGUGUCUGGGUCUUUACCGGCCAGACAUCAGCUUCGGUUCAGUGUCUGAGACAUUUGACUCCAUUGUUGAGUCUUAUCUUAAUCAGUUCAACGUCAAGCAGGAAUUUCAGGCAUCUUCUGAAACCACUGACACAGAUAGGUUGAGAAAUCUCCUGCAGCUGAAAUGGCAGAGAGCUCUGUGCGACCCUGGAGAGGCUGUGGGUCUGAUUGCAGCUCAGAGCAUCGGUGAACCAUCCACACAAAUGACCCUCAACACCUUUCACUUUGCCGGCAGAGGAGAGAUGAAUGUCACACUGGGUAUUCCCAGAUUAAGAGAAAUUCUCCUGGUUGCGAGUUCUAACAUCAAAACCCCUAUGAUGAGCAUUCCAGUUGUGAUGAACAAGAAAGCCUUGAAGCAGGUUAAAACACUGCGGAAGAAGAUAACACGAGUCUGCUUAUCAGAGGUGCUUCAUAAAGUAGAUGUGAUAGAAACUUUCCGAAUGCCAAAGAAGGAGACCCUGAAGUCACGAGUCUUCAAAAUCACGUUCCACUUCCUGCCACCUGAGCGAUACCAGCAAGACAAGCUACUCAACCCCGAUGAGAUCCUUCACUACAUGGAACAAAAGUUCUUCCGCAUGCUGUUGGAGGCCAUUAAGAAGCUGAGUGCGAAAUUGGCUGCUAUCAGUUUGGUGGAAACUCGUAGAGCCACCGUGACUGAUAAUGAUCAAGAUACCACUGAUGGCGCCGCAGACAGAGAGGGCGAUGGAGGGGAGGAUGCAGAAAACGAGAGGAUUGUGGAUGAUGAGGCUAAUGAAGGUGAUGCUGAUGCCACAGAUUCCAAGAGAAAAGAAAAGCAAGAAGAGGAGGUAGACUAUGAGAGCGAGGAGGGAGAGGAGGGCAGUGAUCAGGAGCAGGAGGAAGUGGCUGAGGAACAGGAGGAGUCUCAGGAGGUCUCUGAGGAAGGGUCUGCUGAGAGCCAACAGAGAAUUAACUCUGAACAGCCGAAGGGAAGCUCACAGGGCUCAAUGAGGAUCAACUCUGUGCUGCAGUUAAGCGCUUCCAUUGAGAACUACAAAUAUGACACCAAAAAAGGACUGUGGUGUGAGUUGACCCUGGUCAUGCCGAUCACUAAAGUGCACUUUGACCUCACGUCAGUGGUGGUGAAACAGGCUCAGGACGCUGUCAUCAUGGAGACCAAGGGCAUCACGCGCUGUUUGUUAAAUGAAGUGACCAGAAAGGACGGAAGUAAAGAGAUGAUGCUCAACACAGAAGGCAUCAACAUUCAUGAGAUGUUCAAACAUGCUGAUAUCCUGGACUUGAAGAGGUUAUACUCCAACGAGGUUCAUGCCAUGGCCAGCACAUAUGGUAUUGAGGUGGCCCUCAGAGUCAUCGAGAAGGAGAUUAAAGAUGUGUUUGCUGUAUACGGUAUUGAAGUGGAUCCUCGUCAUCUGUCUCUAGUGGCCGAUUACAUGUGUUUCGAGGGAGUGUACAAGCCUCUCAAUCGUUUCGGCAUUCAGUCCAACAGCUCCCCACUGCAACAGAUGACCUUUGAGACCAGUUUCAAGUUCCUGAAGCAAGCCACGAUGUUAGGAUCUUAUGAUAAACUCAGUUCGCCCUCAGCUUGUUUGGUUGUAGGAAAAGUUGUGAAAGGAGGAACUGGACUCUUUGAUCUGAAACAACCAUUACAGUAAUGGAUUUGGAAUGAGGAAUUUAAUUGCUCACUGCUAAGUAGUUUACCGUUGGACAUUUGGAUGAUAAAGAAGCAUGUUUUCUGUUUAUAACAUCAAUAAAUAUUUUAUCAUUU